CGUUCAUGAUGGAGUCACAGAAAGAGACGAGAUGGAGAGUACCCAAAAAAGAACGCCAACAGUGAUUACCAUGAUGUCAGAACGCGGAAAUAACGAGCACGCACACAAGCGAGCGACAUAGAUAUUCAGUUUCUGUAAUCAUUAAGGAUACAAGUAUUUACGAUACAUCGUCUUCCGAUACCGAUUCUACUCUGUUCAGCAAAAAAGUUCAUGAUCUUCCCGUUCCCUUGUCGUAGUUUUGGCUUCAACCCCCUUGAAUAUUUGUGUUGAACAAAUUUGUGUUAUCUGUGUCUAUGGAAGAUUUCUGUCAUUUUUCAUCAUAGUUUUUGUUUUCUUCUUCAUGUUGUGCUAGUUCGGGCAUCAUUCGAGCAUGAGCUUGAUGAUCUUGUAACAGAGUAGUUUAUAGCACGCCUGGUGCAUGGAGUAGCAUGGAGUGCAUGGAGCGCAGAGCUUUAAGGGGCGCAAGAAGCUCCCCCUUCAGCUCCAUGCUACUCCAUGUGAUCCAUGCACUCCAUGCCAUGCGAGCUGUGAAACCUUAUAAACUGCUCUAUUGUAAGUAUCUACCAGAGUUGAAAGCUGUAUUGUGUUUAUCGAAAUUUCUCUUCAGUUUUCAAUAGAUCAUUUAUGCCUAAGUCGUUGUUGCUUCCAUACAGCAAAGCACUUUUGUUGUAAUAUGGAGAGCUCUAGGUUGAUCUAAGAACCUCCUAGACAAGUGUAUAGGUUUGCGGUUUUGCCGGGAUUGGAUAGAGAUAGUCUGUUUUUUUUAUAUAGGGUGUGUGACCAGUUGUCGCAAGUGAGAUAAAGGUGGAAGACUCGGCAGAUUGUGCCAAACUGACGAUUCUUGUCGAAAUGAAUCUUCAACGCGACGAGCAUCAGAGUCUCUCAUAGAUCCUCUGUUCAGCAUCUGUAGAGUUGUUUUCGCGGUUUGCAGCGACUCAUUCAUUUUUGAAGACAUUUUCUUUGUUCGUCGAUGAUCUACAACAUUUAGUAGUUGGGUCAAAAUAAAGAGCUUAGUUGAUGAAAUCGAGCACAAGCUGCAGUGUGCGCUCUGUCUUCUACCGUUUGUUAUCCCGCUGUCAUUUCGUGUAUUUCAGUAUUUGAAUUCAACGGAGCAGCAAACAUUAUGGCGAGAAAGUCAAGGUCCGAUGGUCGUUCUUUCCGUCGCGGCGCAGCGUUGGCUACUGUUUGCUGCAGCAGCAGUGCCGUGGCUCUAGAGCCCCUGACGUUGGAGCCUCAGUUUACACUGAAGGGACACCUGAACGAGUACAGGAAGAUGCCUGGGCACACAAAAACGGAGCAUAUUAUUUCUGAUCGCGCUCACAUGAAGCUGUUAGCGGAAGAGUUGCCCGACUCGUUCAGCUGGGAUAACGUGAAGGGCAAAAGCCUGCUUACCAAGAAUCUCAAUCAACACAUUCCGCAAUACUGUGGUACUUCUUAUUUAAUAUUACUUGUUGUAGUUGUUGAUGUUGUUGUUCAUCUGACUAUUACAGGAACAGAAGAACCACAACUAAGGAAUGAUAGAUGUAGAUCAUUUGAUUGGUCGUUUGGGUAUACGCAUCUAUACGUACAGGAUGUACUGGCUGACAUCAUCUCCCGAGCUCGUAGGUGUAGGAAUAAGGAAUAUAUAAGUAUCCACUGCUGUUCUGUAUCUGUAUUCCCUCCGGCUAGAUUCAGUCAGUCAACAACUUUAUUUCGAUCAGGUUCCUGUUGGGCCCAUGGCGCGAUCUCUUCACUUUCGGACCGCAUCAAGAUCGCCCGAAAGGGAAAGUCGCCCGAUAUCAAUCUUUCUGUGCAGCAUGUGCUCAAUUGCGGAGGUGAUAUUGCUGGAUCAUGCUAUGGCGGGUCCCAAAGCGGAGCCUAUCAGUUCAUCCAUGACAACGGGUAAUGACAUUUAUUACGCAUGGUUUCUGCAAGUGGCAAACCUAAACGUAAGGUAAGUAUACAGCAGACUACGGAGAUGUUCUUUUGCGCCGCGAAUGUUUUUUUGAAGGUUCUGCACUAUUUAUGAGUACAAUUACAACUGAUCACCUCAAUAAGGUACGUUGCCUAUGACAGUGGCAACCCGUAUCUAGCCUGUUCUUCGGACUCAAAAAACGGACUGUGCACGGCGGGUGAUUUCACCUGUACCGCGGCGAACAUCGCGCGAACUUGCAGCACUUUCCCUGAAUUUGGAGGCAAAUGUGUCGGCUUGACCCACUUUCCUAACGCAACCAUCUCGGAAUAUGGUAUGGUGUCAGGCGUCCACGAUAUGAAAAAAGAAUUGCUCAAGGGACCGCUUGCGUGCGGUACCUCUGCUUUACACGCUACGUGUUUGUGAUUUCUCAACUGACACACGUGAAUGUUGGAAGUAUGCUAGGUAGAAUGUUCAUCGGCUUUUACUUCGAUUGGUCGUCGAAGGUCAAGUUUGAUUUAUUCUUAAAUCAGUUUCAGUUUUGAUGCAGCCUCUUGUAGCUAUGAUGAAAACAGCUUCUAUCUUUUUCUUCUAGCUCUACCACGCAUAAUCACCAUGUUCAAAAAUCUCGUCAAGGUAUCGAUGCCGACAACUUGCGAACCUACAAGGGUGGCGUCCUUGAUAUCCCCGAUGGAACGCGCAAUAUUAACCACGUGAUCUCUGUCAUCGGAUGGGGUGUGGACCCAGGUAAGUACUCACUUAAUCUUGCAUGUGACUUGGGUGUGUACCAGUGCUAGUGGAGCUAGUCUACAAAUAUUUUCUGGACAUGAAAAAAUUGUUGAUGUUCUUCAGUUGUGAAUAUAUGAAUAUCUCUUGCUAGUCGUAAUACAAGAAGAAGAGCAAUCAAGAAUGUCGUCCCCCAGCCACGCUGUAGAAGUAGAAUAGAACCGUCAUAAUAGUACUUCUUCUACAUAUUAUUGACACCAAAACGACAGUGAAAGGCGAGUACUGGAUUGGCCGCAACAGCUGGGGUGAAUACUGGGGAGAGAUGGGUUUUUUUAGGUUGAAGACAGGCGGAUCGCAGGCAGGAAUCGAGGACGAGUGCGCAUGGGCUACACCAGGAGCCUUUACCGAAGUGAACUAUCCAUGUGAAGAGGACGGAACGGGCUGCCUCAAAGAAGAGCACCACUCGCAUCUUAAUAAGGAUGAUGACAAGAAAACACACCACCCGCAUAACCUGCUCAGUCAGCUGCGCGAGCGCGCUGACAAAAAGGUGGACGAAGACAUCAUCGCGUAA